AUGCCCCAUUGCUGGCUGGGAAUACCGCGCAUCUGUGGGCUCUUUCGACGGCUUCGUCCAAAUCCAGAGGAGUCACCCAGCCCUCCUGGGGAUGCAACGCUGCUGCCCACCUGCAGUGCCAGUGCACCGGGCAUUGAUCACGCGGUGAAGGCGAAUGUGGACUACUCCCGCUUCCAGCGCCUGGUGGAUGCAGAGGAUGCCAAGGAGCAAGCUGAGUGCCUUUCUGUGGCCGUCUGUGGCCGGCGGGGCUGGAACUCUGAGGUUGUCAACGGCAUAUACCGACAGGAUGGUUGGCUCAACGGGCGUCCAAGGCUCCGCAAGCGCGACGGCACGCGAUGGUUGAAGUUCAACGACUCGAAGCAGUGGAUGAUUUCGAGGUUUUCUGAUGGCCGGCCGCUGGGCGAGGCCUUUGCUUCGGACGACUCCCAGGAGCCUGGUGGCAUCCGUGCGCUCUGGCACGUCUGCUCCGAGGCCAAGACCUGGGAGGAGGAUGACCAGAUCUCCCUGACCUCUGGGCAGUGCCAGGGAUGUGGCAAAUCCCUCCUACGAGCUCUGAGAUGUGGCCAAUGCCGGGCUGUCAGCUACUGCAGCAGCAGCUGCCAGAAGGCCGACUGGCGGUACCACAAGAGGCGCUGCUGCCGACGAGCCGUGGCGUCUCCUGCAGCGGGCGAGGAAGGUCGCCUAUGCGAUGCCGGUGGGCCCGAAGGGGUGGUCACUUCACGCGAGAUUCCGACCCCUUGCGCGCCGGCAGCGCCCUCGCCGGCGACAUGCCGGCAAAGAUCCUCUCCGCAGCCGUCAGGAUCCGUUGGUCCGGGUUCCUGGGAGGAGAUUGAUCUCACAGUUUGGGCUCGGCGGCGGUUGGAGAUACUACUGGGAGGGCCCGAGGAGCUCGAGGGCCUUCCCGAGAUGCGGGUGCCCUGCGGGGACGUUGGCGGUCUGGAGGUCGUGGGUGUGAAGGAGGUGGAGGGCCUGGCCUCCGUGUGGCCGAAUCCAGGAGGUCUUCGACGCCAUCUCUUCGACCUCUCCUUUCAGGUGGUUUUCAAGGCGACAUGGCUGGGAGAUUUCGGCCUAGUGUCCAUGGAGGGACUGGUCUUUUGCGAUGACUUUACCAGCAACCUCGUGAGCGAUCCGGAGGCGGCCUGCGGCAUGAUGGUGGACUUUGCCCACAGCGUUGACUCCUUUCUGGAGGUGCCGAGAGUGGCCAUGCAGAAGAGCAUCAGCCUUCGGCAGUCCCGUGACAUCAAGGAAGCCGUCGGUGCCAAUUCUUGGGCUGUGAAUCAAGGAAUUGGCCUCAUGCACCUGGUACACCUGCGGCUCCGACGCCUUGCCUCUGAGAUUGAGGCGAAAUGA